AUGAAAUUUCACUUGAGCGAUCCUUAUAUGGUUAAUCAGCACCAAGAAACAAGGAGAUCAAGGAUGGUAAGCAAAGAUCAGAUCGAAAUUAGAAUCAAGGAAAACGUUUCCGAAUUGUAUCAGACUAUUGUUACAGAUAUCUCCGGUGGAUGUGGCCAAUCUUUUGACAUUGUGGUCGUAAGUAACUCAUUCCAGGGAAAGAACAAGCUACAGAGAAGUCGUUGGAUGAACACCGUUCUCAAGGAAGAAAUUGCACAGAUCCAUGCAUUUAGUUGUAAAUGCUACACUGAAGCAGAAUGGUCCAAGAUAGUUACUUGA